CCGGCAUUGCCAUGUCGCCCCAUAACCUUUGGCAGAUUGGUCGGCCGGAAAGAGUUACAGCAAAAAGACUUGAAAUUAAGGCCUUCGGGGUUUUUGUGCUUCUGGAAGUUGCAAAUAGGCCUUCCACUGUGCGAUUUUUGAAUGGUGUUCUAGCAAUUGGAUCAUGGCAACCAUAGAAGAAAUUGCACAUCAAAUUAUUGAACAACAGAUGGGAGAGAUUGUUACAGAGCAGCAAACGGGGCAGAAAAUCCAGAUUGUGACUGCACUUGAUCACAAUGCACAAGGCAAGCAGUUCAUUCUGACAAAUCACGAUGGCUCUGCCGCAAGCAAAGUCAUUCUGGCCAGGCAAGAUUCUGCUCAAGGAAAAGUCUUCCUUACAACUCCAGACGCAGCAGGUGUCAACCAGUUAUUUUUUACCACUCCUGAUUUGUCUGCACCACACCUCCAGCUCUUAACAGAUAAUUCUUCACAAGACCAAGGACCAAAUAAGGUUUUUGAUCUUUGCGUAGUAUGUGGAGAUAAAGCAUCAGGACGUCAUUAUGGAGCUGUAACUUGUGAAGGCUGCAAAGGCUUUUUUAAAAGAAGCAUCCGAAAAAAUUUAGUGUACUCAUGUCGAGGAUCAAAGGACUGUAUUAUUAAUAAACAUCAUCGAAACCGCUGUCAAUACUGCAGGUUACAGAGAUGUAUUGCGUUUGGAAUGAAACAAGAUUCCGUUCAAUGUGAAAGAAAACCCAUCGAAGUGUCACGAGAAAAAUCUUCCAACUGUGCUGCUUCUACAGAAAAAAUCUACAUUCGAAAAGACCUUCGAAGCCCAUUGGCGGCAACUCCAACUUUUGUAACAGACAGUGAAGCUGCAAGGUCAACAGGACUGUUGGAUUCAGGAAUGUUUGUGAAUAUCCAUCAGCCUGGAAUAAAAACUGAGUCAGCUGUACUAAUGACACCAGACAAGGCUGAAUCCUGCCAGGGAGACCUAAGUACAUUGGCUAGUGUAGUCACAUCAUUAGCAAAUCUUGGAAAAACUAAAGAUCUUUCUCAAAAUAGUAGUGAUAUGUCUGUGAUGGAAAGCUUAAGUAAUGGUGAUUCCUCUAUGUGUGAAUUUCAUCAAGAAAUGCAAACCAAUGGUGAUGUUUCAAGGGCAUUUGAUACUCUUGCAAAAGCAUUGAAUCCUGGAGAGAACACAGCUUGUCAGAACUCAGUAGAGGGCAUGGAAGGAAGCAUGCAUGUACUAGCUGGAGACUCAAGCAUAAAUUACAUCGAAAAAGAAGGGCCACUUCUCAGCGAUUCACAUGUAGCUUUCAGGCUCACCAUGCCUUCUCCUAUGCCUGAGUACCUGAAUGUACACUACAUUGGGGAAUCUGCCUCCAGACUGCUGUUCUUGUCAAUGCACUGGGCACUUUCAAUUCCUUCUUUCCAGGCUCUAGGGCAAGAAAACAGCAUAUCACUGGUGAAAGCUUAUUGGAAUGAACUCUUUACGCUUGGUCUUGCCCAGUGCUGGCAAGUAAUGAAUGUGGCAACUAUAUUAGCCACGUUUGUCAAUUGUCUUCACAAUAGCCUUCAGCAAGAUAAAAUGUCAACAGAAAGGAGAAAAUUAUUGAUGGAACAUAUCUUCAAACUACAGGAGUUUUGUAACAGCAUGGUUAAACUCUGCAUUGAUGGAUAUGAGUAUGCCUACCUAAAGGCAAUAGUGCUCUUCAGUCCAGAUCAUCCAGGCCUAGAAAACAUGGAGCAAAUUGAGAAAUUUCAGGAAAAGGCUUAUGUGGAAUUCCAAGAUUAUAUAACCAAAACCUAUCCAGAUGACACCUACAGGUUAUCCAGGCUACUACUCAGAUUGCCAGCUUUGAGACUGAUGAAUGCUACUAUUACUGAAGAAUUGUUUUUCAAAGGACUCAUUGGCAAUGUACGAAUUGACAGUGUCAUCCCACAUAUUUUAAAAAUGGAGCCUGCGGAUUAUAACUCUCAAAUAAUUGGUCACAGCAUUUGAAAGCAAAGAUCAAAGUGUUGUAAACUGAUUGUUCUUUCCUGAACACAGAUACCAAAUCGAACUCAUUGCUUCCAGAAUAUCUGGAAAUUUUGACUUUAAAGAUAACCAAAAUCCAAGGUAUUUUUAUUUUAGCUUCCUUAAAGAAUUUUUGAAGCAUUUCCUGAGCAAGCAACAGGAAUUGGAAUGUCCCUUCCUGUCUUAUUUAAAUAAGAAAUGCUCCGGAUUUAUUCUUGGUGAAGAAGACAUGUGAAGCUGUCACAUCUUGUCUAUCUAAACUAAGAUCUCUUGUUUUAUUUUAUAAAACAAAUAAAUUAGUUGUUUUUUUCCCCCCGAAUUGUGUUCUAUUCAUAUUUAAAUUCAUUAUGAACUAGUAUACUUAAUAGUCAAAAAUUCUUAGGGAGGAGUUCCUUGUAUUUUACUCUUCCAUAAUACAACAUAUGUUUUCAUUGCCAUGUCCAAAGAAGAUUAUUUUACGCUCAAUGGUAUAAUAUAAGUAUAUGAAAUAAUAAAUGAAUAUAUAUUUUUUGUCUUUUGUAAAUAUCAUGGUGUCCUUUAGCAUAUGCCACUCUCAUUGCUGGCAGUGAGACAUGGGUAAUUUGUGACCUUAAGAGUUGAUGUUAUUCGUGUACAUUAUUAGUUAUGAGCACUUUUUAUUUACAUAGCAGAAAAUUGUUUCUGAAAAUGAGAGUUCAUGUUUUAAUGUUUUUGGUUUACUACUGUAUCUUAUUUAAAAGUGGUAGAGACUGAGCCCCAACUGCCUUAGUAUUGCAAACUAGGUAUUAAAAAAAAACUAGGUAUUGCUCUUCCACCCCACCGAAAGCAUGCGGUUUCUCCUCCUUUUCUGACUUGUGUUACAGCUUUUCUGAGCCUGCUCUGGGUUUUAGCCAGUUUGUUUUAGGUUAUUAAAAGCUCACCCAGUUUGCAAAAUAGUGGAUUUUUCAUAGCAAUCCAUGUUUUUAAUGUGAAUUAAACAAUUAUUUUAAAGCAAUUGGUAAUUUUUAAAAAUUGGGGACUAUGCAUUGAUUUUUUUUUUCUUAUGUAAAACAGGUUGGGGGCUGCUUUAACACUUGUGUGCAGGACAGCAUUAAGCUUUGCUAUUGCCACAACAAAAUCAUUUCAGACUCCUUGGGUAUCUUCCACUGUAAUGUUUUCCUUAGCAAAUCUGAUACUGUUAAAUAUUUCUUGGCUCUGAUUUCAUGAUGAAUUAUUUUGGUAUGUCUGUUGACUUUUAAAACAUGAAGAUGGAGUUUUUAUCACAGAGUACAUUUUUUACAAAGAUUUUUGCAGUAGAACUCAGAUUUUUUUUUGUUAGGGUAUGGAUUUUACUAAUUUCUACUUUACAGUAAUCAAAAGUCUUAAAGUCUCCAGCUAUACUCUUUACCAACUUAUUGAGGGAAACCUUAUUUCCUAUUUAAAACAUAAUUUUGGCCAACAGCUUUAUUUAUAAUUAUCAGCUAGGAAGAACUUCAUUAAGUGUAAAAUGCUCAAAUGAGAAAAUCAGUAGGUUUAUACCUUUAUAAACUAUGUUAGUAAACCAAGAAUUGAGAAAAAUUAAUGUACAAAUGGUUAAUUGAGAUGUUUCAGGUAUUUUUCCUGAUUAAACUUAUAGUUAUAUUUGAAAGUGUUUUUAAAACUAUAUUAAAAUGUAACUUGCAUUAUAAGUUCAUAUUCUGCCAGUGUAUUUGAUGUCAGUGUCCUAUUUGUUUAAUAUUUUGUUACCCUUUGUUGCAUUAUGUUUUCAUCAUAAAGUGUAUUUUAAAAGCUCUACUAAGGAUCAAAACUGGAGCAGGCAUUUGGCCUAAUAAUUAAAAUGCCUUCAUCCCAUA